CAUUCUAUUCAUUCCCCUUGACCUGUUUUUGAUGAACACUCAUAGCUGCUUCUUUCUCGUUCGAGUCGUCAUUCAAGUCUUGUAUACUAGUUCAUAAAUCAUCUCUAAAUCUCUUGUAGUUUUCUUCUAUAAUCAAUCAUCAGAUUUUUUUUCCAGAAUCCAGUUCAAAUUUCAGUUCUUAGCCUCACAUUUCACGGUUUUUAAUCAUUUGAAUCGUUUACAGUUUCCUGUUUCCUGUUUCCACGGUUUUUUCUCCAGUCAAAGGAACGCUGAAGCUCAAUAGCGGAGUUUUAAGGCUAGAAUUCAUUGAAAUAGAAGCCAAAUUUAGAGAGGAAGAACGCUAAGAGACCAGUAUUUUGUUAGAGUUUAUGGGGAAGGCAGUGAAGCUAUCUUACAUAGCAGUACCUUCUCCAAUCAUAAAUUCUCUCUGGUCUUCCUCCCUCGAUUCUCUGCUUGAAUCUCCGAAGAAGUCUUCAAAGAGAGGAGCCAAGCUAAGUCAAUGCAGCAACCUGAUUAAGAACCCAAGGUUGUGUUUUUUCAUACUGAUCUUCCUCGUGGGUUUUUUUGGAAUGAUGAAGCUCUACUUUAAUCUCAAUCUAGAGCCCCUAAUCCAGUUUUUCCCAAACGCAUGUAAUCAGCAAGAGGCAGUGACAUCAAAAAAUAAUGGACUAAACAAGAGUAUGCACAUGUUGAUGGAAAAAAAAACCAUUACCAUGGUAAAGGAGAACGAAUAUGAGGAGGAUAGUAGUUCUUUUUGGAAGCAACCCGAUAGUUUUGGGUAUAGACCAUGUCUAACGUUUAGCCAAGAGUAUAGGGGGACAAGCCCAGAGAUCCUUAAAGAUAGGACUAAAUAUUUGAUGGUGGUUGUAAGUGGUGGCAUGAAUCAACAGAGAAAUCAGAUUGUGGACGCUGUUGUUAUCGCCAGGAUUCUCGGAGCUGCCCUUGUUGUCCCAGUCCUCCAAGUCAACAUUGUCUGGGGGGAUGAGAGUGAAUUCUCGGAUAUAUUCGAUUUAGAGCACUUCAAGAGAACUCUUGCAGAAGACGUGCGAAUCGUUUCGUCACUUCCAUCAACGCACUUGAGGAUCAAACCGCCAGAGGAGAGUCAAACUCCCUUUCAUGCCACUCCAAGGUGGAUCCGUCAACACUACCAUGGAAAGCUCAGAAGAUAUGGUGUUUUGCUAUUACGAGGUUUGGACUCCCGACUUUCUAAGGAUCUUCCAUCCGAUUUGCAGAAGCUACGCUGCAAGGUUGCAUUUCAUGCCCUCAAGUUUGCUUCCCACAUUCUACACUUUGGUAACAAGAUUGCCAAGAGGAUGAGCCACAAAGGCCCUUAUGUAGCGCUCCAUCUGCGCAUGGAGAAAGAUGUGUGGAUAAGAACCGGGUGUUCGCCAGGUUUGAGUUCUGAUUAUGAUAAUAUGAUAGAAAAUGAGAGGAAGCAGCGGCCUAAACUCCUUACCGCCAAGUCCAAUAUGACUUCCCACGACAGAAAGCUUGCUGGUCUUUGCCCCUUGAAUGCACUUGAAGUUGCUCGGUUACUUAAAGCUCUUGGUGCUCCAAAAAAUGCAAGAAUAUACUGGGCUGGAGGAGACCCUUUGGGCGGCAAAGAUGCCUUGCUUGCUCUUACUACAGAAUUUCCUUACUUUUACAACAAAGAAGAUCUUGCUAUACCGGGCGAAUUAGCGCCAUUUGCAAAAAAAGCGUCCUUCAUGGCAGCCAUCGACUUUAUAGUCUGUGAACAGAGUGACGUAUUCAUACCGUCCCAUGGGGGAAACAUGGGACAUGCCCUUCAGGGACUUAGAGCUUAUGCAGGGCACAAAAAGCUUAUAACCCCUAAUAAGAGACACAUGCUGCCGUACUUUCUGAAUACUUCUCUGCCGGAAAUGGAGUUCAACAAAAUCGUGAAAGAACUCCACAGAGACUCUUUAGGGAAACUAGAACUCAGGACAAGCAAACCGGAUAGAGAUGUUACGAAGUAUCCAGUGCCCGAGUGUAUGUGCAAUACUUAGUCAUACAUUCUUCUGCAGUUCUGCUUGAGGACUUGGUUGGGAGACUUGAUACUGUCGAUCACAAAGUUUGAAGAGAGCUUAGAGCGUCUAACGAAUAUUAGAGUAGGCGUUGCAUAGUCGGAUAUUUAUUGCACAGCUCUCAACAUAAACUCGAUAGUCGAUACGUGGUGCACAAUACGCACAUUAAGGUUUAUUCUUUUCAUUAUUUGUAAAUUUACAUACAACAUGCCAGAUUUCUGUAACAUAUUACUGUUUCUUAUCCUAUACCUGUAAAUUUGUACAAAUAGUGUCGCAAACAAGAAUUUUGAAUAUAUUCUUUCCUUCUCAAUGUUGUAGACUUUCUUGUUUAUUGUCAGCUUCCAUAUAAUUUCUAUGA